AUGCCCAAUGAAGACCUGAAUACAGAAACGCGCAUGCUAGAAUACGACAUAAGCCUAAUGAAGGAAGAGAUCGCCAACGCUACGGCUCGUGUAGCGAAGCUGAAGGAAGCGAAUGAAAAAAGUGGCAAUUUGAUUGAGCGUCACCGCAAGCUGCCCUAUCUGGUGGCGAGUGUGGUGGAGGUGCUGGAUAUGGAGCCGCUGGAGGACGAAAAGGAUCAGAUGGACGGGAUGAUGAUGCGUGAUUCACAAAGCAAGCGCAAGAGUGUAGUGAUCAAGACAUCCGCGCGACAAACGUGCUUCCUGCCCUUGGUUGGUAUUGUUGAUGUGGAAAAGCUGCAGCCGAACGAUGUGGUCGGUGUGAACCGGGAUACGUACUUGAUAAUGGACGUUCUGCCGAAGGAGCGUGAUCCGCGCGUUCAGGCAAUGCAGGUGACCGAACGUCCAACGGAGCAGUACACCGAUAUCGGUGGUUUGGACAUUCAGAUCAAGGAGCUAAUCGAAGCGGUCGUACUGCCACUGACGCACAAGGGCAAGUUCGAACGUUUGGGCAUCCGUCCACCGAAGGGGGUGCUGAUGUACGGACCACCCGGAACGGGCAAAACACUGCUGGCCCGUGCCUGUGCCGCCCAAACCAAAGCCAACUUUAUCAAGCUUGCCGGACCCCAGCUGGUGCAGAUGUUCAUCGGUGAUGGUGCCAAGCUGGUACGGGAUGCGUUUGCCCUGGCGAAGGAAAAAGCCCCAACCAUCAUCUUUAUCGACGAGCUGGAUGCGAUCGGUACGAAACGGUUCGACUCAACCAAGGCCGGCGAUCGGGAGGUACAGCGCACAAUGCUGGAGCUGUUGAAUCAGCUGGACGGAUUCGGUUCGUCGGAUGACAUAAAGGUGAUCGGAGCGACUAACCGGGUGGAUAUACUAGAUCCGGCCUUGCUGCGUUCCGGCCGGCUGGAUCGAAAGAUUGAGUUCCCCCACCCGAACGAUGAAGCGCGGGCCCGUAUCAUGCAGAUCCAUUCGCGACGGAUGAACGUUAGUGCGGAUGUUAUCUUUGAGGAACUUGCGCGUUCGACGGACGAUUUUAAUGGGGCCCAGUGUAAGGCGGUUUGCGUCGAAGCGGGCAUGAUUGCGCUACACCGGUCAGCGUUGGAGGUUUCCCACGAGGACUUUAUGGAGGCGAUCCAUGAAGUGCAAGCGAAGAAAAAGUCUAACAUGUGUUACUUUACAUAGAUCGU